AUGACCCUAGCGCACACGACGCUCCUCCGCACCCUGCGGCCUACCGUCGCACCCCGUCCCUGCGGCGUCUGGUGCCCUUUGCCCCGUCGCUACGUUCACCCCGGCGAAUUCCAACCCUUUGUCCCUCCAUCACCAAGCUCCCUGGGCAAGCCGACGCCCGCGAAGACCUACACCCGAACCCGGAAAUGGCUGCGGCGGCUGGUCUACGCGUCGAUCGCCACGGGCGUCAUCUACGGCAUCGACAGGCAGUUCUACGCCUCGUCGCUGACGAGAACCGCCCGGACAUUCUCCCUCGGCCUGCUGGUUGCUAUCGACUACAAAGUCAACUUCCGUCCGCACCCACCGCUGGCGAGUUCCAUCACGGCGGUGCAUGCUCGUAACGCGGAGCGCUUAUCCGAUCUCCUACGUCACAAUGGUGGGUUAUAUUUGAAGAUGGGCCAGGCGAUUGCCAUGCAGUCUGCAAUCUUACCGCCCGAGUUCCAGCAGAUGUUCUCGCGCAUGUUUGACGAUGCGCCGCAGAAUGACUGGAAGGACGUUGAGAAGGUCAUCCGCGAGGACUUUGGCAAGUCCCCCGAGGAGGUGUUUGGUGUCUCGUUCGAUGGGGCGCCGGGAAAAGGCGUUAUGGAACGGAAAGCGCGGGCGAGUGCCAGUGUGGCUCAGGUGCAUUGGGCUCGUCUGCAGGAUGGCCGCGAGGUUGCUAUCAAGAUUCAAAAACGAGAGAUUAUACAGCAACUUGCCUGGGAUUUGUGGGCCUUCAAAGUUGUCACCUAUAUUUACAGCAAGCUGUUCGACAUUCCUUUCUAUAGCCUCGUCCCCUAUAUCAGCGAGCGCCUCUCGCUGGAGACCGACUUUGAGAACGAGGCAACCAACUCAGAAACCAUGGCCCGACUCGUGGCCGGUGAGCCUCGCCUGCGUGACCGGGUGUACAUCCCCAAGGUCUUCCGCGAGUUGAGCUCGAAGCGGGUCAUGACCGCCGAGUGGGUUGAAGGCGUACGGCUCUGGGACAAAGACUCUAUCACCCGGACAUGGCGUGGUGGCUGGCGUCAGGGGAGCCCUGGAUGCCACGGGACACCGCUCGAUCCUCCGAAGAGCAAAUCCGUCCCUCAACCCCCUCAAAUAGCCAAUCUCAAGCCCGAACGUAACCACUGGAAGGGCCAGAACAACCGCGGCGGGCUGGGGCUGUCCCUCAAAGACGUGAUGACGACCAUGGUCGACCUCUUCUCCGCGCAGAUGUUCCUCUUCGGCUGGGUACACUGCGAUCCGCACCCCGGAAACAUCUUCAUCCGGCGCAAGCCCUCCGGCCAGCCGGAGCUGGUGCUCAUCGACCACGGCUUGUACAUCCACAUGGAGCCGGGCUUCCGGCAUCAAUACGCGCGCUUCUGGAAAGCGCUUCUGACCUUCGACAACGGCACCCUCGGCGAGAUCGCCAAGGGCUGGGGCGUCAAUAACGCCGACAUCUUCGCCUCCGCGACGCUGAUGCGCCCCUACCGCGGCGGCGACAUGUCCACGCGCCGCGGCAUCGAAGGCCUCAGCAAAUCCGAGCGCGCCGAGCGCCACUACGAGAUGCAGCAGGCGGCCCGCAAGGCCGUUCGCGAGAUCCUCGGCGACGAGAGCAAGUGGCCGCGCGAGCUGAUCUUCAUCGGCCGCAACCUGCGCAUCGUCCAGGCGAACAACCAGUUCCUGGGCUCGCCGGUGAACCGUGUGAAGAUCACGGGGAUGUGGGCCUCGCGCGCGCUGGUCGACGCGCCGGAUCUGCCGUUGGCAGAGAAGAUUCGCAAUCUGGGACGGCAUGUGGUGUUCCGCAUGGUGCUUUUCACAAGUGAUAUCUUCUUCUGGUUUACGAAGAUCCGGCAGUGGUUGAGGCUGGGGGGUGGCAUGGAGGAUGACAUUGAGGCGCAGAUGCAGAAUAUGGCGAAAGAUCUGGGGGUGGAGCUGAAUCAGAAUGUGUUUGAGGGAUAA